GCUAGACUUCGGGUUUUUACAGGAUAGAGCUGAAUUCCUAUGUUAAACAAAGCAACCUUGGCGUCUCGCGAAUGCGGAAAACAUCGAUCUGGUAGUUAGAACGGUCCCCAAGAACCAUGAAUUCGGUUCCUCAGAUCGCAAUUGUCGGCGUGGGCCAGGUCGGCGGCGCCGCAGCAUACUCGCUCAUCCUCACCUCUUUCGCGAGCGAGUUACUCCUCGUCGACACCGAUAUUGAUUUAAGAGACGGCCAAGUCCGGGACCUUUCCGACGUGGCCUAUAGUUGUAACAGCAGCACGCGCGUGCGAGCGGCCUCGCACCAUGAGGCAGCCAAGGCCGACAUUGUGGUCAUCACAGCGGGAUCCAAGCACAUGAUAGGCCAAACCACUAUUGACUACACAUCCCGGAACAUGUCAAUUGUUCGGCAAGUAGUCGAGACAAUGAAGCCGUUCAGAUCAGACACAAUCCUGCUUAUCGUGUCAAACCCUGUCGACCUGCUCACGUCCCUCGCCCAUGAACUCUCCGGACUUCCGACAUCUCAAGUCUUGGGCUCAGGCACGUUCCUAGAUUCGGUGCGGCUCCGUGGGCUCGUGGCCAUGCGGGCUGGAGUCGCGGCUAAUUCGAUAGAUAUCUACGUGGUGGGCGUACACGGAAACCCCCAGGUUGUAGCAUGGUCAACGGCAACGGUUGGUGGCGUCCCCAUGAACAACUCGAUCUCGCCCGACGUUCUUGACCGUGCCGAGCUUGCGGAUGAGUGUAAGCAUCGAUCGCAGAGCAUAAUCAGAGCUAAAGGUUCGACUCCUUUCGGGCUCGGUUCUAUUGUGUCCAGUUUGUGUUCAUCUAUCCUCUUGGACAAGCGCAAUGUUCGUCCCGUCAGCCAUUUCCAACCUGACUUUGGUUGUUGUUUCAGCUUGCCCGCGGUCCUCGGAAGGAAGGGAGUUAUGAGUACUAUUCAGAUGCCGCUGGACCGUGACGAGGAGGCCCAUAUAGCUGAGUCAGCGAAGGAACUGAGGAAAACUAUUGACUGGAUCCAUCGGGAUUAUUAAGCCAAGAGUGUCGUGCGACAGAUUGGAUUUUCAUAGUCGUGUUGGAGAACCUUGUAUACAGUGGUCACUUGUGUCAGAAUUAAUCUGCAAUCUUUUUUUCAAGAAAAAAAAGAGAAU